GAACACAAUAUCCUAUGAACGCGGCAUGCCAUAAUUAGCAACUGUCACGAUUUUUGGUGACCGGCAGUGACGUGAACAUGUAUUACCGUUAAAAACAGAAAGAACAAGCAACUUCAAAAGCAGAGCACUUGGAAGAUUAAAAAAAAAAAAAAAAAAAAAUGGCAGUUUGUUGUUCUUCACCUUCCAUUUUCUCGACCCAUUCAGUGCCCAAAAUCAGCUCCUCCAAUUCACUGGAACCUAGGAUUACCGUGUCGAACCGGAGAAGCCUCGAUUUCGGGAAGAGAACAUGGAAGAGGUUGAAGGCAGCUGGUUUGUCUGAGAUUGAACCUGAUCUCAAUGAAGACCCUGUUGAUCGCUGGGCCACUAACAGUGUUAGCCCGGAAGAUUUUGUGUAUGGAAAGUAUGACGAGCAUCACACUUACAAUGAAGCAGAAGAUAAAGGACCAUUUUGGGAAACAUUGGUAGAAGAAUUUCAAUCUGUAGAACCACCUACAGGUUUUCAAGGUCUAAUUUCAUGGCUCUUUCCUCCAGCAAUUGCAGCUGGGUACUAUUUCCAUGUUCCGGGGGAGUAUUUGUUCAUUGGGGCUGGUUUGUUUACAAUAGUGUUUUGCAUCAUUGAGAUGGAUAAACCAGAUCAACCCCACAACUUUGAGCCUCAGAUAUACAAUAUGGAAAGAGGAGCUCGUGACAAGUUAAUUGCUGAUUACAAUACAAUGGACAUUUGGGAUUUUAAUGAAAAAUAUGGUGAUCUCUGGGAUUUCACUGUGAAGAAGGAUGAUAUUACAAAGAGAUAACUGAUCAUAUAUAAGAACUUGCAUUUUAUUGAGAUAGUUGAUCAUAUAUAGAAACUUACAUUUUACUGGGUAUUCUUCAUCAAAACGAGUAUGGAUUGUGUGGCAGGUAGACAUUUUUUUUUUUUUUUUUUUAUAUAUAUAUACAUAAAUUUUUAUUUUUGUCGGUCAGUACUAAGUUGGGCUUGCUACAAUAGCAUCUUAUGCAAGGGUCAUGGUGGUGGAAGCUUGCCAUUAUUUUUGGCUAGUAAAAUAUAAGGUGGGAUUUUUACUUUCUGCUACUGUAUAUGUGUGUUUAUUCAUGUGUAUGCAUAGGAGUUUAGAACUUAGAAAUUGUGAUUGCCCCAGUGAUUUCUUAAGAUUGUAUCCAUCGUAUAUGAUAUGUUAGACAAGCUGUUGACAUGCUUCCAACUAACUGAUGAACAUAUAUGCUUAUUACCUGGAUUGUUCAUUAAAAAGAUAAAAAAUAAAAAAAAA